AUGUUUCUGUCCUGUCAUAUUUUUCUACCCAGAUUGAAGAGGUCCCGUCUUUCUGAAGAACUCAUCUGUGCCUCAAGGAUGCCUUCCUGGUGCAUUGCCAAUAUCUCCUUCUUCCAGCCACCUGCUUUCCUGAUGAUUGGCAUCCCAGGGCUGGAGGCCGCUCAUGGCUGGAUCUCCAUCCCCUUCUCCUCCAUGUACAUGGCAGCCCUCACUGGAAACUGCCUGAUCCUCUUGGCUGUGAGGAGGACCCCCAGCCUGCACCAGCCCAUGUACUACUUCCUGUCCAUGCUGGCCCUCACCGACGUGGGCCUCACCUUGUCCUCAAUGCCCACCACCCUGGCUGUGCUCUGGUUUGACCAUCGGCUCAUUGGUUUCAAUGCCUGUCUGGUCCAGAUGUUCUUCCUCCACUUCUUCUCCGUGGUGGAGUCCUCAGUGCUCCUGGCCAUGUCCUUUGACCGCUUUGUAGCCAUCACCACUCCCCUUCACUAUGCCGCUGUCCUCACAAACAGUGUCAUCCUCAGGAUCGGGCUGGCCAUUGUCACUCGAGCCACGGUGUCCCUCUUCCCACUGCCCUUCUUACUGAAGAGACUGAACUUUUGCCCUGGCAAGAUCCUCCUGUCCCACUCAUUCUGUUUCCAUGCGGAUGUCAUGAAACGGGCCUGUGCUGACAUUACUGUCAACAUCGUUUAUGGGCUGUAUGUGGUUCUGUCCACGGUGGGUAUCGACUCCUUGCUUAUUGUGUUGUCCUAUACCCUUAUUCUUCAUACAGUGAUGGGCCUGGCUUCUCCCAGGGAGCGUGUUCGGGCCCUCAACACGUGUGUUUCUCAUAUUUUAGCUAUUCUGGUUUUCUUCAUCCCAGUCAUAGGUGUGUCCAUGAUCCACCGUUUUGGGAGGCACCUGCCCCCCAUUGUACAUGCCCUUGUUGCCUACGUGUACCUGGUGGUGCCCCCUGUGCUCAACCCCAUCAUCUACAGUGUCAAGUCCAAGCCCAUCAGGGAGGCCAUGCUCAGGGUGCUGAAGGAGAAGUGGAAAGGCUGA